AGUCAUUCGUUCGGCGAGCGCGGAACGCGCGUUGUCUCACGCUUGGACCUGUUCGGACACGUCGCGUCGCGUUACUCACGAAUACGCCGCCGCCGUUCGUUCGUGCUUUCGGCGUCGUAUCGUUACGGGGCCGCGCGUGCCUUCGUUUCGUCUGGUUUCAUAUCUCCCGGGACGUUCGCAGGAACAGUCGCGCGGCGCAUGAGAUUCGCGUGUAGUCGCCGUUCUCGUCCGCCGUAGUGGUGCGUAACUACGUAUCGUGUGCAACGUUUUGUGCUUGUUGCGCCGAGUUCUUUCAAAGGGAGUUCUCCUCGGUCCGCAGCCGUCCUGACCCCAACGACGAGGAGGGCGAGAGGGAGAGAGAGAGAGAGAGAGAGAGACGAGGAGAAAGGAGGAGCCUCUACAUAGGACAUCGGCACUGAGAAGCGUUGCGCCGAGAUUCUCCAAAUUUUCGAGAUACUCGGGCCGCACACGUAUACGAGCCACGUCACGACCACGACAUGCCGCUCCUUGUGUAAGUUACGCGUGACAUAGUCGAAGCCGCCGCGUGUGGACGUGUGAUGAUAAGGAUAAGCUUCGGAUUAUCAGUGGUGACCCAGAUAGAUGUUAAUUGCAGCGCUGCUCGAUCGUGCGCCGAGGAGUGAUAAUCGCAGCGAGUGCAAAACCACACGUGAAGACAGGACGAGUCGCUCAGGGUCGCUUAGGGGUUCUGUCGAAAUCAUCCGCGCCGCUGAACGCAAUUACGUAGUCGAGCCGUCGCAACCUUCGCCCAUCGCGGAGACAAAUCGCGAUCCGCUGAGCGGACGGAGAGUGACGAGGAGAGAGAGAGAGAGAGAGAGAGAGAGGGAGGGGGGAGGGAGAGGACGAGCGAGCGAGCAUCGGCUAGAGUCGCACAUGGAAUCACGUUGCGCAAGGUCGGCCCCGAGACGACGAAAGUAAGGUCAGCUGAUAGAGAAAUCAAUAUUCCCCGAAUCGCGCGCCUCGACGUCACGGCGGUGUCGCGACAACCACCGCACCUUCGCGCUCGAUCCUCGGCCGCGUGAAUUAGACGCGCACGUGAAGAACGUGACGCGAACGUCAUCCCCGUCACGUCCGCGGCCGAGCGCGAUAUCGAUCUCCGAGAGUGCCGAACGAGAGAGAGAGAGAGAGAGAGAGGGAUUUAGCGCGAAGGAGAGAGAGAAAGAGAUAUGGAUGGCUGGAAGAGCUGGAAGAGAUCGGAGAGUUCGCUCCUCUCGGCAUGGUAUCGGCGCGUGAGAGAGUCCUACCUUGCACUCUGGUUCUUCGGGGUGUUUCAGAGCAGCAGCAUGUCGACGAGCACCGCCUCCGGCGGCGGCGGCGGCGGCGGCGGGGGCGGAGGUGGAGGCGUCGGCGGAGCCCUCAGUCUGAUGGGCUGCGUGAGAGAGGCCUCGCCGCCACCUCAGAAUCAUCACUCGCAUCAUCACCAUCAUCAUCAUCAGCAGCAUCAACAGCAUCAACAGCAUCAGCAGCAGCAGCAGCAGCAUCGCGCCUUCGGCCUCGGCGAAUUCCCGGCUCAGCACAGCGUCGACCCUCUGCCCAAAGAACCAAAGAAGCGCCGUUUUCACCCCCUGCGUGGUCUCAGGAAGAUCUUUCGGCGGAAGAGCCGCGGUGCUGCCGACGUGCGUCUCGUUUCCAAUUCCGCUGAUCGAGAUGCGGAAUUGGCGCGUCUCCCGCGGGAGGAUAUCACGAUGAGACAUCCCGCGGGUCGCCCCGAGGAAGCACGUAGCAGAAGCGCCAGCGAGCUUCUCACCGACUCCUGCGACAGGGAAAGCGUAUUCCUCCGAAGGGGCGGCGGCGGCGGCGGCGGCGGAGGCGACGACGGCGGUGGCACGGAGGACAGUUUCGCCAAGUUACGAGGAGGCGCCGGCAAGCUGUCGGUGUCGCACGACAGCGUUUUCCCGGGAGAAGUUCCUCACACUCGGCCUCUCUCCUCGCUGGCCAGCCUGGCGACGCUCGAGCGGCGGCAAGCCCGUAAGAGUAGCGAGAUCAUCGAACACAAGGAGUACAAUCACCACGUCGCACAAAGGCACCGGAUAUCCCUGCGGGUACUCGAGCAAAUCAAGACGGUCAUAGAGAACCGGAACCAGCUGGCCUCGUCGACCUCGCCGGAUGCAACGCCCGGUGUAGCGUAUGCGGUCGGCGAGCGGUAUCAGCAGGAAACCACCGAGAACCGCUUCAGCAUCUUCGAGAAGCACGACAGGAGCGCCGACGACGGUCAUCAGCAGGGGAAGAUUACGAGAGCGUCGAAGGACACGGUCGAUCGGGUCGUCGCAGUGGCCAAGGAGGAUUUACCACAACUAGAAAGCGCGAGCUUGAAUCACACCGCGGCGCAUCACCGGAUCUCCGUGCGCCCGAAGAACCGGCGGCCGCCACGACGUACCACACCAGCGCCGGCGUCGUCGACUGCGGCUAAUGUCCUCGCCUCGAGCUCCCCGUCGAUACCGCCGACCAUCGCCGAGGACACUCUGGACAGCUUGGAGCAACAGCAGCAGCAGCAGCAGCAGCAGCAGCAGUCGACCAGUAACGCGUCGACGCCAACGGAAGCCAAGACCACUGGCGUGACCAGGAAAUCAUCCAGUCGGCUGUCGCGCAACUCAGACAUCUUCGAGGAGCUGGAGCCCAGACUGCCCAGGAAGCCAAGCGCGACCUCGUUGUCGCCGGACAGUCUGGACGCCACGACAACGUCGAGGAGCAGCGCAGAGGUAGCUGAAGAGCAGACGACACCGUCGCCGACGACAAUGACGACGACGACGACGACGAUGAUGACAACGGCGGCGGAGGUGGUCACCAGGUCGGUCGCCAGGAGACCGUCCAAUCGGAUAUCCAAAGGCUCGUCGGACGUGUUUGAAGAACUGGAGACGAAACUGCCACAUAGCAGACGGUCGUCGUCGAAUCGGCUGUCCAAGUCACCGGACAGCCUGGAUUUGACGCCCUGUUGGUUCUCCAAGUCCACCGAGGGCUUCGACAAGUACGAGGAGGCUGAAUACGAGGAGUCGUCGUCGAGGCCGAUAGCGGUGAGGAGGCUGUUGCUGAAUCCGAUCUCCAAGUCCACCGAUCGCGUGUCUAAGUCGUCGGAUAGCUUAGAGGCGAUCGAGCCUUUGGUCAGCGACGACUCCAUCGAGCGUAGACGCAGCAGCUUCGAGUUCCGGGCGCGCAGGAGCUCGAAGGCCAUGUCCAAGUCGUCGGAGAGCUUCGAGGUGCUGGAGCUGCGGGAGCAGAGCGCUCGCGCAAGCGAGGAGGUGGUAGUGAUCGGCCAAGAGCUGCAGAAGCACAGCAGCGUCUCCGACAUCAAUCUGUCGCGAGGCAGGAGGCUGUCCAAGAGCAUCUCCAAGUCGUCCGAAAGCUUCGAGAGAAUCGACACGAGCGAGACGAAGGAUAUGGAGGCGGAGGUGACGUUGGACGACGUCUCGAAGGGCUGCUGCCGACGAUCGAGCAAGAGGAUGUCCUCUGAGAGCUCGGACAACCUAGACGUGGACGACAGACUGGAGAACAGGAGGGUGCGACGAACGCCCAAGAGGAUACCGAGCAGCGGUAUAGUCGACGUGGUGGUAACCGGGGACGACCGCGACAGAGAGAGGCGGCCUACUCCAACCAGGAAGCCGCCGAGGCUUCAGAAGUCCUCCGAGAGCUCGGAGCUUGGUAGCACGGACACUUUGGAUUCGGAGAAGAGGAACAAGUCCUCGGAGAGCACCGAGACGUUGGACAGUCUGGAGAAGGAUUUGGAGCAGGACAGGAAGGAGGAGGAGAUCACAGACAGCGUGCUGGAUAGACGUGAGAAGAAUGAUUCCUGGUCCAGCAGGAAUGUGGCUGCGACCGAACCUGACCAGACAUCAAUGGGAGACGACACGGAGGACUCCAAGUCGCUCAUCACCGCUGACAAAUAUUACUGGCGUCAGUCCUCCGAACCUACUAAGGACAACCUGGGAAUCCAUCAGUUGCUGGCCAUCACGAUAGUGACCAGAAUGGCUGACAACGGUAACAAUCAGCGCAGCUCCGUGAUUUACCCGAAGAAGAAACAACAGAUGAGCACGUCACAGCCGACCUCGCCGGUCGCCAAGCAGGAGGACACGAAGAUGCUGUUUGACAAUCUCUUGGUCGGCAAGAACGACGAGGACCUGCAGAACAUGCUCAACGGAAACAUAUCAGAGGUGUCGACCGACACCAAGAGCUUUAAGGAGAAGCUGAUCAUGUUCGAAAAGCUCGGAAAGUGAGCGUACGACGAUGGAGCGACGAUAUAGGAAAUCGUCCUUGCGAGAGAUCAACCUUCUUUCAGUUGACGCGAACGUGUUCCGGUAGCGGUCAGAGCUUAACGCGGAGAAGAGGUCAAGCACGUAAAAGAGAUGAGCGAUCUCGUUUAGCGAUUAUUAUAUAUACAUUGUAGAAUAUAUACGAGCCGGGUGUGUUCUCGCACGAAGCAUUCGCUCGUUCACUCGAAGCGAGUGAGGGCAAAGAGAAAUCAAAGAGUAUAGCUCGCGAAUAACCGUUUUCACGUGAAGGUCCACCGUUGACCGAGUUGGAUCAAUCGCUUGCUUAUCCGCGGAGAGCUCAAGAUCCAAGAUAGAAAAUGAUAAGGUAAGAGCGAAUUCAAGAGGAAUAAGCCGUACGGAUAAAAGUAGAAAAAAGGAGGUGUUACUUUACAUAGAUAUCGCGUUUCGCAGAUGGUAAAAAUUUGAAGAUACCAAACGAGAGCUUGGUAUUUUAGAUGAUGUCAUAAGUGAUUUGCUCGUCGCGUGUGUUAGUCGAUGCAACGUCGCGGUAAGUGAAUAAAUAUUCAGCUAGAGAGAGUAGAGGAGGGGCUGCUUGGUAAGAACCGUUAGAUGUUGGACGCGAUAAAUUAGUAGCAGAUCCAUUAGCGGAGGAUAAAAUUAUUGGCUGCGGAACAGCCAACUCGCAUGUAUAUUCAUUCGUGAAACCGUUUGUUCUUUUCCGAUAAAGUUGGGAACGCGUCAAGUGGAUAUGAUUGCGAUUGCUGAUGAGUGCGAGUCGUUCGUGAGUUUGCAGAACGAUCAGGAAGACGGUCAUGACAGAAACUGAAACGUCACACGACGGUACACGAUGCACAUAUUGGAUAUUUCUAUUAUGUUAUCUCUGCUCUGUAAUUACUUACGUUUUCUUGUGAAUCCUCCGUUGCAGUUGCGACGGUUGUCUAACUCGCUGUCACUUCGCCUCCUGUCAUGACCGAUUACCGCUCAAGCUCAAGCAGGUAGCGGCUCGUAGUCGCGACUACUUGAUGCGCCCGCCCCAACUUCAUCGGAGAGAUGAAAAGUACGUUCAACAAUGUGUCGGAUAAUUUCAACUUCCCCACCUAGAUACCAUCUAAUAGAUUUAAUUAUCGCGUCCAACAUCUUUUGCGACGGUUUCUACCGGCCAGUCUCACACUGAUCGUUUCCCUUUGGAAUCUUUGCAAAAUCUUUGUUUGAAUAAAUAAGUGAAUGUCAUAACGUCGCGGUAAUCGUACGGUUUAACUCUCGGGGAGAGAUCGAAAAAAAAAACAAUUUCAAUGCGAAGCAUGACGGUUCACGUCGAUGAUGAUAUCUGGCUUUUCGUUCCGUCGUGUACUGUGGAUUGAAGAGCCAAAUACCGUUUCGGUGCCGUCAAGGAGAGAAAAAAAGAGCAAAGUUCAUUCUUGCUCACGCGGUAUUUUUUUUUUUUUCCUUCAAUUCUCACAUUCGUGUUUUCUUCACACGUCGAAGGAAUUAAACGUCGUUGAGAUUAUACAUUGUACGACCGCGCACGAGAACUCCGUCACGAGAGGCGCGUAUAUACAUUCUCGUAGGACCUUCAGCGUUAAUCGAAGAUAGCUGUACAGUAGUCUAGCGGAUGUGAUCCUUGCCCAUGGCACGUUUGCAAAAAUCGUGCAUCAUCUCAUCGUGUAAAUACGAAGAAUAUAUAUGCGCGGAAUCGUCUUGCUAUGAUGCAGAGAAAAGAAUAUAUACAUAUAUACAUAUAUAUAUCACCAUAGUAGUAAUUUGGUAAAUAUAGAAGAGAGGCACGCACGGGGUGUAUAAAAAGAAAAGAAAAGAAGAAAACUGCACGACGGUCGGUCUGAAUGUGUCAGCAGGAAGUUGUUAUCCGUGCGAGUGUAUUUUCGAUGCUCACGGCGACCCCGUUUAUUCUGCUAGAAAGUGUUGUUACUUUUCCAAAAGAUCGCCGCCUACCUAUCGCCAAUACACGAGCGACAUCAGUGUAACGCGAAUUACGCCUACAAACGAGGCCUAAAGCGGGCCUACAGUUUUCCUGGUCGAUGACGUGUCAACGUGAGUGAUAUCAGAACAUCUGGCCUCAGUAUGUAGUCGAGUGACCGCGAAAGAUCGUGAUUAGGAGGAACGAUCUGUAAGAGAGAAAAUAGCGUGAAAUUGUCGACGGUCGGUGGAGCGCUACGAUUCCCCCUCCCCCCCCCUCCCAACCUUUCAUUCCUCCUUCUCGAUUCUCCGAGACGUAGAAAGCCGCGCUAACGUUACACCCACAGCAUAUCGCGCGAGACUCGCCGAAGCUCGCGAGGGGAAGAAGGGAUCUUUGUAGCCUUUCAAGUGCCUUACCGGGAACCAACCGAGGAAGACCGAACCGAAGCACAUCGGCUGUAGGAACACACACGGGCGAGAGAGAGAGAAUGUUAUAUAUAUAUAUAUAUAUAUAUAUAUCAUCCCCUUCAAUCUUCCCUCUUCUUAGUUGGCUAGAUUAUAUGAUAAAUGUAUCAUCUCGGAUCCCGAGAGCGCGCGAAACGUGGAAAGAUCGUCUCUUAGAGAGUAAAUAGAAAAAAAAAGCUGAAUUUAACCACGUCACUGUAAUAUGUAAUGUUAUACAUAAUUAACAAGAAAAGUCUACAUACAACCAUUCACCCAACCACCCCACUCGCUCUCACAUGCAGACAGACGCAACAUAUACACAGCCACAACAGGUGGACACACACAUUUACACGCAGAUUUCUCAUCCGUUGAGUGUAAAUAAAGCUGCCAUCGCAAUUACGGUUCGACAACAGAA